AUGGGUGCGUCAGCUACCCGGUUUAUACGACGCGUCGCAUCGGCACCAAACGCAAAGGCACUCUUCUCGAAUGGUUCACGCUCAGCAACGACGAAGAACGGCUAUCUGGCACCCGACGAGACCGUUCCCCCGCUACCGCACGUUCCCUCGACCUCGUCGGAUCAUGGUGACAAUUCGCUCGAGACGCUAUCGUCGUCAGGCUCUUCACGAGAACGUGGCCGGACCAAGCGCAAGAACAAGUAUCCAAACGGCCAGCCGCAAACUAGGAUCACUAGUGACUCUGCCGAAGGUCCGGGCAAGGUUGCUUUCCGUCGAACCUAUUCAAGCAACUCGAUCAAAGUUCGAUCGGUAGAAGUUGGUCCUCAAAGCUUCUUGAAGAUCAAGAUGCUAGGCAAGGGUGAUGUCGGUCGUGUCUACCUUGUUCGGGAGAAGAAAUCAGACAAGCUUUUUGCUAUGAAAGUGCUGUCUAAGAAGGAGAUGAUCGAGCGCAAAAAAAUCAAACGCGCCCUUACGGAGCAGGAGAUUUUGGCAACCUCAAAUCACCCCUUCAUAGUGACGCUAUAUCACUCUUUCCAGUCUGAAGAGUAUCUCUACUUCUGCAUGGAAUACUGCAUGGGCGGCGAGUUCUUCCGUGCUUUGCAGACACGACCUGGAAAGUGUCUCCCAGAGGAUGGAUCGCGGUUUUACGCGGCCGAGGUCGUGGCGGCUUUGGAGUAUCUUCAUCUAAAUGGUUUCAUUUACCGCGAUCUGAAACCUGAGAACAUCCUUCUGCACCACUCUGGGCAUAUCAUGUUAUCGGACUUCGAUCUUGCCAAGCAGUCUGGCUACCCAGGCGGGCGUCCCCCGACCAUCCAUCACUCAGAAACGAAUGGGACUCCUAUGGUUGACACAAUGUCCUGCACGGCUGAUUUUCGGACGAACUCGUUCGUUGGUACCGAAGAAUACAUUGCACCUGAGGUGAUCGCUGCCCAAGGUCACACUGCCGCGGUUGACUGGUGGACCCUUGGUAUCCUGAUCUACGAGAUGAUUUUCGCCACAACGCCGUUCAAGGGCAAAGAGCGAAACGACACCUUCUCGAAUAUUCGGUUGUUACCCGUUCACUUUCGGGAUACUCCUAAGGUCACAGGCCCAUGCAAGGAGGUUGUUGUUCGGCUGCUCGACAAGGACGAACGGACUCGGCUGGGCAGCAAGAGCGGCGCCAGUGAGGUUAAGCAACAUAAAUGGUUUGCAAAAAUCAACUGGGGAUUGCUACGGCAUGCGCGACCUCCGAUUAUUCCCUCGUCAUCAAAUGGGCUCGAUGCUGUAAAUUUCCGACAUUUGAAGGAAUCAAAUUCUCUCCAUCUCGAAUUGCAGGGCGUGGCUGGCGCUGGCUACAGCGUACCGCCGGGACCUGGCACGCCAGGAUAUGACGAUGGCAUGGAAGUGCCGGCGGAUGGCGACUUGUUCGGUGCAUUCAAUAGUGUCACACUUCACUAUGAUGGUGAAAGCUAG